CGUAACAGCGACAUUGCAGCGUAGCCUUAGAUGGGGAAAAGGUGGGGCACUCGUAAGUUUCCAUGAUUUUGGUAAUGUGUGUGUACGAACCUACGAAACGAGGUAGGGCACAGUUUCCUUUGUCACGUGAGUCGAAAAGUCACGUGCAGUUUCGACCAUGAGCAUUUGGGCAGACAGGAAACAUGCAACAGCGAAGUCAGCAAAGACCCUGCCUGCACUCGAAGGAACUUUAGUGAGCAUCUACCCAAUCAAUACGGGCUAUCUGUGUGUAUCACGAGCAUCACUCGUGGAAGGAGGAAGUCCAAACGAGAUCUUGCAAAUACCAUGCUUCGCGUUUCUAUUGCACCAUCCUGUAGAGGGAUUUGUUUUGUUCGACAUUGGAAUUCCUUCUAGAUUCCUCCCUGACGAAGAUUUAGCUGAGAGAAAAAUGAAGCCUGACUCUCCUAGAUUUUUUCCCACUGUCACCAAAGGCAUGAAUGUCAACUCUCAACUUGCUCAAGCAGGAAUAGAAAGUUUAGACAAAGUUAUUCUCUCUCAUUCAAUAUCCAAAGAUGAUCUCAUAGAUCUCAUGCAUCUCCCCACCAAUUCCAUUUCUGUUGGGGUUGGAAUGAAAUUGAAGCUCAUUUCAAGAAAAGACUACGGUACAGACCUUGAUCGAAAAUUGAUCGAAACUAACUUUGACACAGGACGAACUUUAGGUGCUGGUAGAUUGUCAGCACUAGGACCAUUUGAGCGAACAAUAGACAUGUAUGGGGAUGGUUCGAUCUAUUUGGUGGACUUGCCAGGACCAUGUGAAGGUCACAUGGGAAUCCUUACCAGAACUGAAGGUUCCUGGGUUCUUCUUCCGGGAUUGGCCAUAUAUCUUCGAGAGAACUAUCAGCGACUACUGGGUAAAGGAAAACCUAUUUGGAAAGAAAAGCCUACUGAAGACAAGAAAGCUACAUGGAAUACAAUAACAGUGAUUGCAGAGUAUGCCAGCAUGCCUGAUACAAAGGUAUAUGCAAGUUAUGAACCAGCUCUUCUAGAAGAGUUAGGGGAUCAGUUCUUAUUGCAAGACUUUGCAAAACGAACAAGUGGCUAUUGGCAAUACGUAGCACCUGAUACUAAAUAGUACGAAACAGUGAGCAAUUUUGUCACUAAUGACACAAAGGCAUCCAGCAUUUCUACAACUUUUCUAGAUGACGAAUCUAAUAGACACUUGAUGUGUUUUACUUGAUUCCUUUUUAAUUAACAGUCAAGUGCUACUUAAUUAAGAGAAUAUUUGAAAUAACUGACAGUUCCUUGAUGUGAUAUAGGUUAUGUAGAUUUUCCUGAUUUGCUCCAAAGUACCUUAGAAGUACAUGCAACAAUUGAGAACGUGCCUUUAGUAACAAUUGAGAAUGUCUUUAAGCAACUUCCAUUUGCUUCUGUUCUCAUUGUAAAUUCUCUCACAACUUUUUCUGCAGUGAUAAUAGAUUUGCUAUAAUUAAUAACAACGAAGAACGAAGACAUAUUUCUAUUGGACCUAUGAUAAUUUACAGGUCCCACUAUGAGCAUUAUAAUAAUGAC